AGCAGGAGACCGGCUCUAGGAACAUCAAGGGUCCCAUCAAGUGGUCUGGUGUCUGCACCAUAUCAGCUUCAGGGAUGUAGUCGAAGCGGUUUAGAGCUCAGCCCAUCCGAGCUCAUCAUCAUGAAGAAACACUCCGCAAGGGUUGCCCCGCUGUCCGCCUGCAACAGUCCGGUGCUCACCCUCACCAAAGUGGAAGGAGAAGACCGCAUCAGGGAGAAUGUGGUGGGCACCACGGACACACAGACGGCUAGUGGUGCGGCCGGAGUGGAGUCCGGCUCCAACAGACGGAAACUCCACUGCUGCAUCAGAGUCACAACGGUACAGGUGCGGAAAGCCCUGUGGGGAGUCGCAAUGGUGAUGUGUGUGUGCUCGUCCUGGGCAGGUUCCACCCAGCUGGCCAAGCUGACCUUUAAGCAGUUUGACGCUCCCUUCACCCUCACCUGGUUCGCCACCACCUGGAACUGCCUCUUCUUCCCUCUCUACUACAUUGGCCACCUGUGCAAGAGUCCAGAGAGGCAGACGCCCAGACAGAGAUUCAGGGAGUGCUGUAGGUUUUUUGGGGAUGACGGGCUCACACCCAAGGUGUUUUUCACCAAGGUGGCUCCCUUUGGCCUGCUGUGGAUCCUCACCAACUACCUGUACCUGCAGGCCCUCAGGAAGAUCAACACAACAGACGUGUCCGCGCUCUUCUGUUGUAACAAGGCCUUCGUCUUCCUGCUGUCUUGGAUUGUACUAAGAGACCGCUUCAUGGGAGUCAGGAUAGUCGCUGCUAUCUUGGCCAUAGCAGGCAUUGUAAUGAUGACCUAUGCUGAUGGAUUCCACAGCCACUCAGUCAUCGGCAUUACGUUGGUCGUGGCCUCUGCUUCGAUGUCAGCGCUCUACAAGGUGCUCUUCAAGAUGGUCCUGGGCAGUGCCAGAUUUGGAGAGGCUGCACUCUUUUUGAGCAUCGUUGGAAGCGCCAACUUUGUCUUCAUCAGCUUUGUGCCAGUCAUCCUGUAUUUUACACAUGUGGAGUACAUUGGCUCACCUGCAGACAUCCCUUGGGCCUACCUCUGCGGGGUGGCAGGCCUGCUGUUUGCUUUCAACGUACUGAUGAACUUUGGCAUCGCGGUAACAUACCCAACAUUAAUCUCCCUUGGCGUCGUCUUAAGUGUUCCUGUAAAUGCCAUGGUGGACCUCUACACAUGUGAAAUCCAUUUCAACACAGUUCGCCUCAUUGCUGUGUUCAUCAUUUGCCUGGGUUUCCUCAUGCUGCUGUUACCUGAGGACUGGGACCAGUGCAUCAUCCAGCUCAGCACAAAGCUGCGCAAACGUGAUGAGCCAGCAGAGGGCAACGGAGAGGCGGGCGCCACCACAGGGCUCAACUGGAGAGGGAGAGCCAGGACCUCCAUGUCAACAUUUGCACAUUAACUCCAUGAAUUAUCAUGCAAACACACAAACACACACACACACACACACACAGGAAGGGAGACACAUUAACACCUCUUAAUGUCGAUGUCGGGACAUUUGACCUGCCCUCUCUUUCACGAAGCUCCCUGGAUGAAAAAAGUAUUUUAGACUGCCCUCUGGUCACUAACAUUUUGAUCGAACGGGGAGAUGCAGGAGGCACAGAUUGUGUAUCAUUCAUUCUGCGUCCAUUCCACUCAGAAGUUAUCAGAGUUGGUGCAUGGACUUUACCAAUUGUAACCCCUCUAACCCAAAAGAUCAUCAGGUAUAACUGAUGGAUUCAUGUAUUAAUUUUGAUGUACCUCUUAAUCAUUCCAUGGAUUCACUACAUCCUUGCGCCUGGGAAGACUUGCCAACUUGCCUGAUAUUUUUCAGUUCUGAGAAUAAAAGAAAAAGACAUUUACGAGGCAGGCCAAACACAGUGACUUGCUGUCUUUAACAUAUACACAUAUACACACCUUUAAGAUCCAAAGAAGAAUGCCUAAAAUGCUGAAUGCCUGAAAACAAAAGGGAGGCCCACAGUGGCGUCCCUCAGGUGUUAACUUAAUGACAAAUACCUGCCUUUCGUGCACUGUACAUAGCUGUGUCUCACACCGUGGCUGUCCUCGAGCUGUGGACUGGACUCAUCUGGUGUGAACGGACCUGUCUGGACACCUGAGGAUCAAUCUGAGAUAAAGAAGCUUCUCGUAACGCCUCUCUUUGUUCAUCCUGAGAGAAGAGGUCAGCUUCUUUUUGACUACACUGAUUGGCUCCCUAUGGUUAUGUGCUGUCCUUGGGCUAAACUCCCACUCUGUCAAGACUGACACCCAUCGCUCAGGCCCACAGUUAAGUCACGCAAGACAUAAACCAGUAUCUCAAAUGAAUAUGUUUUCAAUGCAUGAGAUGGUAUAAGAGUGCGAGUGCUUUCAGUCCAUCCAUAAAGCCUCACUUUUUCUGUUGCUGAGACACUGGCAGCAGUUUAUUAACCAAGCAAUACAGGUAACACAUGCAUUCAAAGGACAUGCAUUGUCAUUCAGACAAUAUAAAAUGUGUUUUUUAACUGCUGUUCAAACUAUUAACUGGCCCAUUUUCACAAUUAACGCGUCAGGUAUACCAAUCUUUGGAUGGACUUAAAGCACUAAAAGCUUAAAAUGAGGCAGACAGGCUUCAUUAAAAAUACCCCUUUAAAAACUUUGAACAUCCACCAUAGCCAUCACUGAGCCCUUAUAAUUCCUAUCACAUUUAACUUUCGAGACUGAUAUGCACACAAACUAAUCUGCGGCAAUUCUAAUUUAUUUUUCCUGGAGAAAAUAAGACAGGCAGACAGAAAAUAACUGUCUCACUGUGGCUUGAGGAGAGGUGCGUCGACACAUGAGAAUGGCUCCCAUUUGUCCGUCUCUGCUGUUUGUCAAAAAAUGUUUUACUCAAUCUGUUUCCAUCAAUCACAUUUCUGAGGCAGGAAGUUGGGACGAACCUGAGAGCGACUGAGGCACACGCCUUGCAAAGCAACAGUUGGAAACUCUGCCUUGUUGUGAAUGUAUGAACAUCACCUCGACCACACAUAUGCUCGCUACGUGCCAUCUGUUUUUUACAGUGCCACCACAGACUGCUGCAGAGAGACUCUUUAAUACUACCCUUCUUCUACUCAUCCGACUGAGUUUUUUUGGAACAAACUCUUGACACAUCGUACGGGACUUUUUAUAUUUUUGCAUUUGGUUGCUGACUAACCCCGAGAGGACAGUGGGUGACAUCUGCAGGAGGAGCAUGCACAUACUGUAUGAGCAGAUACAGCUGAAGUCCACUUCACUGCCUUUUCUUUGUUUUGCAAUAGAAUACAUUAGCACUGUUUCCCAUUGUCAUGCUCUAUGACAAUAAAUUAUAAUAUUGUAUUCCUCUGGAAUUAUUGCUAGACAUAAAUGUAAACCUUUGUAAGGAAUGAUGAUUUUUACACUGAGAUGCAACAUAUGAUUAUCACGUUUGAGGAAGAAAUAUUUAGGGCGUAAAUAAAUGAUGGGUUUAUUAGAUCUACUGUUGAGUGUCUUCAAGUG